UAUAUUGCAAUCAGAAAAAUUUGUCUCAAGUUGCUAUACAUAAUGUAAAAAACACACAUAAUAAAGAAAAGUAAAUAUUAAAUAAAAAGUUACAUUCUAAAAUCAUUCAUUCAGCUUCAGUAAGCACUUAUCUUUGAAACUUUGUGCCCACAGUGAGAGAUUUCACCUAUAACGAGUUGAAAGUCCGUGCACAUAACUUUACACUGACUCACACAUACAGGUAAAUACUCCAACAUGCAAUUUCUAUGCAAUAUAUCUUAAAAAUUGUUCUGUACACCACAGAAACAUAGAUCUUCUAUUAUAAUUUCUCUUUGCUUACCUUAGCAUAUGUUAGCAAAUUUUAUUGAAUUGUUUAUUUGUUUUGAAUCAAGAUCUUGGUGGCCAUUAAACCUGCCAAAAUAAUGCCACCUAUGGGCUGUAGUAUUACAGUUUAUCUGGACAGAGAUUUUCCCAGUUAUGAUCCAAAAUCUAGUAUAAAGACUUUCCAGAAGAGUAGAGCUCAAUAUACCAGCGUAUAGGGGAUUAAAUCUUUAAUGGGAUGUUCAUAAAGAACGGGUGCCUACAACAAUUUUUGUGUAUCUUGGCAUUCUUUUGACAUUCCAGUGAACAAUAGAGAAAGCCUAAAGCAUGAUUUACUGGAGGUUACUGACAUGACGAAACUCGGUGCAAGCCUACAAGGGGAGGAGCAGAAGGGUGUUUUCUUUUUCAGUUUCAUUGUUAGUUUGCAAUGUUAGAAAGUGUGUCAAUAGGCUUACAAUGCUCUGGCAAAUGCUUAUAGACUGAUAUUUAAAAGGUAACAAUUGCUGAAUAAAGUAAUGGUGGUAAUAGUAUAUAAUAUAGCCCUUUUCUCAGUUCUGUAUAGAUCGCUGUCUACUUUCACUUUGAUUGUUCUUGACCUUCUAAACCGGCAAAAUGGAAAAGGUUGGAUUUAGUGUGCCACAAAAGAUCCCAGAGGAAUACGUCAACAAAGUCACAGAGGCAAUCCAGUCUACAAGCCCAGAGAAAAUCCCUCAACAGUUUAUGACUUUUCUGAAAAUGUAUGAUCAGUUUAAGGUGGAUGUUGCUGUGACAGGAGAUUCUGGCUCAGGAAAAUCUACACUCAUAAAUGCUCUCCUUGGAGUGAAUCAUGAUGCUAAAGGUGCUGCACCAACAGGAGUUGUAGAGACCACAAUGGAACCUAAAGUGUAUCAAUAUCCAAACUGCUCCCUAGUGAGACUGUGGGACCUUCCCGGGAUGGGCACACCCUCUUUUACAUCAAAGAGUUAUAUAGAGACAAUGAACUUUAAUCUCUAUGACAUGUUUUUUGUAGUGAUAUCUGAACGAUUUCGAGAAAACAACAUGCUUGUGAUUGAUGAAAUACAUAAACAAAAAAAGCCUUUUUAUGUUAUUAGAACAAAAGUAGACAAUGACUUGCAUGCAGAGAGUAGGAAAAAUAACUUCACCGAAACUGGUGCUUUAACUGUCAUGAGAGAUGAAUGUUUAAAAUAUGUAGAACAGAAAAACUUGCACCCACAUAUCUUCUUAGUGUCAGCCCAUUAUACACAGAAGUAUGACAUGCAGAAGCUUAAGGACACUUUUAAGAAAGAGGCUCCAGAAAUCAAAAGAGAAGUUUUUCCCUUUUUCCUGGCCAGUUUGUUCAGUGGAGACUGGUGGAAACAAAGGACUAUCAUGCGCCAGGCUUUGCAGAAUGGGAAAAUCAACGAAAAGGAUGUACCAGACCUAAAAUCCUUAUGCAAAACCUUUGGCGUUGCAAGUGGGACUGGAAAGCUUAAGACUACAUUGGAGGCUCUAGAAAACUUUCAGCUUGAUGUGGCUGUUUUAGGGGAGUCACGAUCUGGGGUAACUACUCUUCUGAAUGGUCUAAUAAGACAGCAGAAUGCCACUUUCUGUUCAGCACAUGCCAAAACCCCAGCAACAAGUACUCAUUACCCAAAUGUCAGAUUCUGGGAUAUGUCUGGAAUAGAGAACAUAUUGGAAAACUCCUUAGAGGAGAUGACAGAAAUUUUGGAUACUUUUGAUUUCUAUUUGCUCAUUGUGUCUGAGUGGAAGAGGGCACGCCACUUAGACCUUGCGAGAGUUAUCCAAAAGCUACAGAAGAAGUACCAUUUCGUCCAAACAAAGAUUGACUGCCAUUUGCAGGCCCAAGAAGAUUUGUGUUGUCCAGAGACUGAAAUACUGGAUGGGCUUCGAGCACAGUGUGCUGAGGAGCUUCAAAGGGCAAAACUUGACAAUUCACAACUAUUUCUCAUAAACAGUUUAGACAGAAAGGACUUUGACUUUGUUAGUCUGGAGAGUGUAUUGGGCAGUGAUCUGGACACUAUAAGAAUAAGUGCUUUUGCAUAUUAUGUUGAUAUAAUUGUGAAAAACAAAAAGCAAGCACAAAGCUCUUGUCAGAUAUUAUAGCUGUUUGAUUGUUUCUGAGAUGUUGUUUUCAGUGACAGUAGAGUGAAAAAACUAUACAGUAUGUGAGAAAUGGCAACUUUUACACGGGCACUAUAUUCAACCAGUCUUGAUCUUAGACAAGAAAUGUACUGAAAUAUACAGUACCUGUACUUUAGUGAAAUAAAAUGCAACAGACUGUCUCUACAAUUACAAUACAAUCAUUAGUUUUAUUAUCUAUUUCUUCAUGUACUGGUCAGAUUAUUAUUUUUUUUAUUACAUCUACUGUAACUCAUCCAGUUGCCUUCUUACAAAACAGGACUGUGUCACUACAAACUACUGCAUGGAUUUGAGGUGGCAAUUCCAGGAAAAGAAACAGAAAUUAUUAAAAGAUCAUAAAAAUUAGGGAUAUAUACCGUAGAGAUGAUGGCAAUAUUAGCUGCUUUGCGAUAGGUGGAAAAGGUAGUACAGGAAAAGGUUUUGAUGUGCUCUGACUCAUCAUCAGUUUUAGCAAGUUUAAGGUUAUUUCAUUCAAAAACUUGCAUAGUCAACACCUGACAUUCAUAUGUAAUCACUGUCUGAUGUUCCUGUACCCCACCUGUAAUUUACAUAUAACUGUAAAGGGGGAAUAAAAUGGCUUAUUUAACUGUG